CCUGAUCGAACGUGCAAAUCCUUCGAACUUCUUCGGGUCUGUGGGGUUUAUUUCAGUCAAAGUCCUUCUCCUCAUAUGCUCAAACACACACACACAUAACACCUUCAACUGUGUGUGGGAGCGAGCUCUGUGAUUUGAUCCUAAAGAUCUGAAUUCGUUCACUUCGAUUUCUCAAGGAGUUAUCUGUACGCAUUAUCAACCUAGGGAUUUGUGUACAUCAAUUUUGAGGAAGUUAAUCGGAUGCAAAAGUUGACGUGUAGAGUUUGACUACUUUGGCAGUUUCUACAUCUGGUGGCACAAACAUUCAUGUUCUCGAUCUGAUUUAAUUUAUGGAUCCCGUUUUGAUUUUGAAUUAUUCACGUUACUCUAGUAAUAUAGUGUUGCUAAUUAAUUAAGUUCAGAGGAUCAAAUCUGUGAAUUCUAAGUGUUCACAUGAUCAUUCAAGGAGGGUUAGAAGCAAAUUGAGGAGUUAGAGUUGUGAUCUACAGUGUAAUGACAGUGUGACAAAACAGAAGAUCUUCCUUGGGUAAUGUGGAAUUGCAGAAAUCUACUUUUCGCAUACAAGGGGUAAAACCGUAAAAAUAAAACUUCUUCUGUUGAAAAAUAUCUACCUCUACUCAAAAAAAUGACUCCAUCAAGUAAAGCUGAUAAAAAGGCAGCAGUUGAUAUUGCUGCAUGGACAUUCAACAUAGUCACUUCUGUUGGCAUCAUCAUCGUGAACAAAGCCUUAAUGGCAACAUAUGGUUUCACAUUCGCAACAACCUUAACAGGAUUGCAUUUUGUCACCACAACCUUGAUGACUAUUGUUCUUAGGUGGUUGGGUUACAUCCAACCCUCUCAUCUACCCAUUGCAGAUCUUCUCAAAUUCGUCCUAUUUGCUAACUUCUCCAUUGUUGGAAUGAAUGUCAGUCUUAUGUGGAACUCUGUGGGAUUCUAUCAAAUAGCAAAACUGAGUAUGAUUCCUGUAUCCUGUUUAUUGGAAGUUGCAUUUGAUAAGAUACGAUAUUCAAGGGACACAAAGCUCAGUAUUUUAAUUGUUCUUCUGGGUGUUGCUGUAUGCACUGUUACUGAUGUCAGUGUCAAUACUAAAGGUUUUGUUGCUGCCUUUGUUGCAGUAUGGAGUACAGCCCUUCAACAAUAUUAUGUGCAUUACCUUCAAAGAAAGUACCAGUUGAGUUCUUUCAAUCUGUUAGGACAUACUGCCCCAAUCCAGGCUGGAUCCCUACUGUUAGUGGGCCCCUUUGUUGACUACUGGUUGACCAACAAAAGAGUGGAUGCUUUUAAGUACAAUACAGUAUCUCUGAUAUUUUUAAUUCUAUCGUGUACGAUUGCAAUUGGGACAAAUCUAAGCCAGUUUAUCUGCAUCGGGAGGUUUACAGCCGUCACAUUCCAAGUCCUAGGUCACAUGAAAACAAUCCUCGUACUGAUGUUGGGUUUUAUUUUCUUUGGGCGUGAGGGUUUAAACCUUCACGUGGUAAUUGGAAUGAUAAUAGCAAUCAUGGGAAUGAUUUGGUAUGGGAACGCGUCAUCAAAGCCAGGUGGCAAAGAGAGGCGUAGCUAUUCCCUUCCGAAAACAAGUCAACCCAAAAAGGACUCUCUUCUAGAAACUUCCGAGACGGAUGAGAAGGUGUAAGGGUUUUUCAGGAGUAUCAUAUAGAAAGGAAAGGAAAGGAAUAUUUUAAUUUUUUUUUAAUUGUUAAAUCAAGUGAUGGAGACUAUACGAAGGAAGAAGGUUAUGUUGCUAGAAAAUUUGUCGGUUAAUCGGUUGUUAUUGUUAAGUUAUUAUUAUAUACGAUAUGAUUUUUGUAUGUCAUUUUUAAAUGUUAUGAUUUGGAGGACUUGAAGAGGGA